AAAAUCUCAUAUUUUGGCGAAACCCCAACGCUGACGCGCCCAUCUCGCUCGCCCGACCAGAUGGCGGCGGCGGCGGCGGCGGCGAUAUCCGAGCUGGAUUCUUGUCGGAGAGAAUCUCGAGGAGCGAUCGAGCAAAUUGUGAGGAUGGAGAAGAGGAUCUUCCCCAAGCACGAAUCCAUGGCGAAAUUUUUCGACGAGGAGCUCAGGAAGAAGAACGCGGGGUUGUUGUACGCGAAGGUCACUAAUGGCGAAGGAGAAGAGGAGGAAGAAGAAGAAGAGAUCGUAGGGUACGUGAUGUACUCCUUCGUCACUUCUCUAUGCGCCUCCAUCACCAAACUCGCAGUGAAGGAAAAUUACAGAAGGAAGGGCUAUGGAGAAGCCUUGCUAAAAGCAGCUGUCGAAAAAUGCAGAAAAAGGAGAGUUCAUCGGAUUUGCCUCCAUGUCGAUCCAACACGAUCGCCUGCAGUCUCCCUCUACACAAAGAUCGGUUUCCGGAUCGACUGCUCAGUUAAAAGCUACUAUUCUUCAGAAAGAGAUGCUUAUAGGAUGUACAUGGAUUUUGACGACAAUUGCUAAGGUCGAUUCAGAAGUUCAUCAUAAUUGAUUCAAUGUUCUUUUCCUUUUCUGUCGUAAUAUUGCAUCAGAUGAUAAUAUUGCAUUGGAUUGUCUUUGUUUGUUCAUGUUUCACGGUACGGCCCCCGCCGUCAUUCCAUAUAAACAUGAAAUUGGAAAGGUGAUAUAAGAA